UGCGACGUUCCGGAGAUCCUUAGGCCUCGCAGCUCGCUGGCCCCCGGGCCCGGGGCCUUAGCCCAAGAAGACCUUAGGGACCCGUCGCCGGAGCCGCGCCCUCGGGGCAUCCGCGGAGCCCUCGCAGAUUCCGGGGUCGGCUUUUCCCCGGGGCCAAGCGGCGCCUUCGCGGGCCGGCGCGCUCCUCGAGGAGGAGAGUUUGCAGACGCUCCCUGACGGCGGGGACGCGGCUCCUUUAAGGACCCAGGGAACCACGCCGCCACGAUGUCGGGGAUCGCGCUCAGCCGACUGGCCCAGGAGAGGAAGGCCUGGAGAAAGGACCACCCCUUUGGCUUCGUGGCUGUCCCCACCAAAAACCCUGACGGCACCAUGAACCUCAUGAACUGGGAGUGCGCCAUUCCGGGCAAGAAAGGGACUCCGUGGGAAGGCGGCUUGUUCAAGCUCCGGAUGCUCUUCAAAGAUGAUUACCCAUCCUCCCCACCCAAGUGUAAAUUCGAGCCGCCGCUCUUCCACCCGAAUGUGUACCCCUCGGGCACAGUCUGCCUGUCCAUCCUGGAGGAGGAUAAGGACUGGAGGCCGGCCAUCACGAUCAAGCAGAUCCUAUUAGGGAUUCAGGAGCUGCUGAAUGAACCAAAUAUCCAAGACCCCGCUCAAGCAGAGGCCUACACGAUCUACUGCCAGAACAGAGUGGAGUAUGAGAAACGAGUCCGAGCACAGGCCAAGAAGUUCGCGCCCUCCUAGGCAGCCUCGGCAGCAGCAAGGAAGGGAUUGGUUUGGCAGGAACUGGUUUACGACACUUUGCAAGCCCACGUCGCUCUGUACAAUUCCUGGGGGGGCGCCACCCCAUCCGCCACGCGCCCUCUGACGCGCCGAACCCCCGGUUCUUCACACAGGGUCUCUUCCUUCCGUCUUUUGUAGUUUGAUUGUUCUGUAAAACUCGCUUUUAUUUUAAUAUUGAUGUCAGUAUUUCCACUGCUGUAAGGUUUUUCUACCGGGGUGAGUGCAGACGCAGGCAUGCUCCCCAGGCAGGCCCGCUCGGCUCCGGGCUCCGAGAAGCCCACCCCCCCCCCCCCCCCGCUCUUCUCCGCACACCCCGGGUUGUGUUGCUUUGAGCCUCAGAUCCAGUCGCCAGCGUCUCCCUUCCGCAUCACUUCCUGUGUUUAUAUGGCGUUUUGUCUGUGUUGCUGUUUAGAGUAAAUAAACUGUUUAUAUAAAGAUUUUUGUUGCAUUCUUGUGUACAAGUAAGGAGGCCAUGUGGCAUGGUGGUCUCCCUGCUGCCUGCGGGCCACCCCUGUGUGUGGAGUCGGCGCCUGCCCGGCUUCGGGGCUGCAGAGCGGAUGGCCCACAGCCCAAGGGAGUUCGAGGGUCACCAUCGGAGAGCUUGGCCUGCCGGCGGACAGACAGAUGGACUGCGCCCAAGAGAUCCUGCAGGAUGCGCCCAGCCCAGCUCCCCGGGCCCCUUCCAUCGCAAGUGGACGGGGUAUCGGGGGAGUCUGGAAGGAGCCUGAGGGCUGAGGCCCACCACCUCAUCAUGACCGCACACCGGCCUUUACUCUGCUCAGCACAGAUGGACCCGGAACGGCCCGGCCUGAGGACUGGCCCCUGGAACUGGUUGCAUGGACUGUGGGGAACUGGUGAUCCCUCAAGCCUGAAAGCCAGGGACUGUCUUCACCCAGACAGCCAGGGGUAUCUGGCCCGGCCCUGACAGUGUCACCCCAGGGUGGUGGGGGCAGGUGACGCCAGGGGUCCCAAAGGGCCAGUGCCUUGCUUGCCACUCAGCUGGACAGUGGGGUUGCACAGCUGCGGCACACGCAGGCACCCCAAAGCCAAUCUACUUUCUAGUUAAGGCUCUGAGGUGAUCGGUGUUUGAGCAACCUGUGACUUCCGCUAAUGAAAUGCCCUUUUGUACCAGUGGUUGGCCUCAAAGAUGUGACUUGUAACCUGAGAAUUCUGAGCUGCGUUUGCUGUUUGGGGCGGGCUGCUCUGGGCACGUGGGCAGGCAGGGGCUGUGGCGCCACAUGCACCUAGGAACCCCCAAUUAAAGCACUUCCACAAACUGC